AUGGGGUCUGUAGGAAUUGCAGUAAUUUCUGUUGCUCUCCUGGCUCUCAACUUGAUAUCUUCCUCUUCAGGGGUCCAGCAAGAGACUCUGAUGACCAUAUGCUUCCCAACAGAAAACCAAGAAUUCUGUGAAAAUCUUUUGAUGAGUGAUCCCCGGAUCAGCUCUGCUGAUCUUCCUCUACUCUCGGUAAUCUCAAUUCAACUAACAGAGAAGCAGGCUAAGGAGAAUCAUCUCAGUUUCAUGCAGCUCCAUGACAAUGCCACUGAUCCCUCGAUGAAGGAUCCAUUAAACAAAUGUGUGGGAAUUUAUGAGGAGAUGAUAAGCAAAGUUGAAGAGGCAUACCAGUUGUCUAUGGCAAAACGGUACAAGGAUAUUAGCCAACUGGCUGAGGCUACAAAGCUUGCUUACCAGUGUGAGAACGGGAUUCCAUUAAAAAAUAAUGCAAGCAUGGAGAUUAGCGAGACAAUGAUCUUGACCAGUGAGACCUCCGACUAUGUCAACAUCUAUAUUGCCCGCCAAUGA